GGAUUUUUCCAGAAGCUCAAGAAAUCUUCAAGAAUCUGCUCCUCUAUUUUCUCUCCAGCCCUAAAAUCACCAGCUAUGGUGAUGAAUGAUGACUAUGAUUAUGGCUCGAUAGAUUGUAUUUUUAUUGUACACGAGAAAGGAGACGAUGAGCAGCAGAAAUAGUCGCACCAUCUAUGUUGGCAACCUUCCUGGAGAUAUUCGUUUGAAAGAAGUAGAAGAUCUGUUUUACAAGUAUGGACCCAUUGUCGACAUUGAUUUGAAGAUUCCUCCACGCCCACCGGGCUAUGCUUUUGUGGAGUUUGAAGAUGUUCGUGAUGCGGAAGAUGCAAUUUAUGGCCGAGACGGGUAUAAGUUUGACGGAUGUCGUUUACGGGUGGAAUUUGCUCAUGGUGGAAGGGGACAAUCGUCUUCAAUAGAUCGUUAUAGUCGUAGUGGAAGCAGCCGCGGUGGUGUUUCUCGGCGAACUGACUAUCGUGUUUUGGUCACUGGAUUACCUCCUUCCGCUUCAUGGCAAGACCUGAAGGAUCACAUGCGUCGUGCUGGCGAUGUCUGCUUCUCUGAAGUUUUUCGAGAUCGUGGAGGGAUGGCUGGAAUAGUGGAUUACACAAACUAUGAUGACAUGAAAUAUGCUAUAAGAAAACUUGAUGAUUCAGAAUUUCGAAAUGCUUUUUCUCGUUCAUAUGUACGGGUGAAGGAAUAUGACUCUAGGCGCAGCUACUCUCGAAGCCCUUCUCAUGAUUCUAGACGAAGUGAUUAUUCUAGAAGUCCCAGUCGUAGUCCUUAUAGGGAAAGAGGCCGGAGCAGGAGCCGAAGCCGGAGCCUUAGUCGUAGCCAUAGUCAUAGUGGCAGGAGCACAAGUCUAUCUCCAAGGCUCAAUCACUCUCGUCGCUCACGGUCAAUUUCUGAACAAUCCCGAUCAAAGUCUCUUUCAAGGUCUAGGUCGAGAUCAAGAUCAAGAUCACCAAUUUCAUCUCGUCAUCGGGAGAGCAAACCUCGAAGCCGGAGCAGAUCUCGUUCCAAUUCCAGGAGCCUGUCCCGAUCUCUUUCACCUAAUGUAGUUAUACUGGCAAGAUCAGAUCAAAGCCGAAGUCGAGGCCUAUCUGUCGAGUCGAGGGACCGAUAUUCGGAAUAGGACAUUGUUCAUGUGAUGGCUGUCAGGUGUGGUUAGGAAAAGCGUAGGAGAAAGUAGAGUUGGGUUUUCAUAUAUUUGGAGGAUUUGUAUUGUGGUUCUAUUGUAUUUUGUAUUGUGCACUUGUUUUCUGUUAUUUCACUUUAGAUUGUAUUUGUAGCUUGAAAAUGUGAUUCUUCCAGAUCUUUUGGUGUCAAAAUUAUAACGAGUUAAUUAUUCUCUCUUUAA